UUUUCACGCCGCAUCGGCAGUUGGGCAAUUUUUUUUUGCGAACAGAGAACGAAAAGAAUAGACCGGAGACAAUAGGAAAUAGCUAGAAAUAUAAUAGUUUUUGAAAAGUUUUCCCUCUGCCAAACAGCAGGGAUAACUGAAAGUGAUUGACGUACGCAAAGAGGAGGAACUGUAAACUAAAGAAACCUGCUCAAGUGAGCCUAUGUCUUAAUGUUAAUCGCGCUUUUUGCGCUAACCCAAUUGCCAAUCUUUCGUGCAACGCCUACAACUCUGUCAUCGUCGUCCUCCCCGUUGUCCCCAUCGUCAUCGUCGCCGCCGCCGCCGCCAUCUCUGUUGCUGUCUUCAUUCUCAAAGUCUUCAAGGUGUGGCAAAAGUGCAGAGCCAACAACAACAACAGCAUCUAUAACAAAUAAACUAAAAAAUAAUACACCCAAAAUGAGCUCCCAGCAGGACCAGCAGGAUCAAGCUGUUAAUGGCAAUUCAACCGAUGGAAAGAAUGUUGAAAUAAUCAACUUUAAGCCAUAUGACAAGCAGCAUUGUCAUCUUAUCAAGACGAAUCAUACAAAAGUCCUGACCACUGGCGGAGUUCAAACGCGUGGCUCAUCCAAAGUCAAGCUCAAGAAUGUUGUCGACUACAAAUGGGAGCGCAAAUACUAUUAUCCAGGACAUUUAGUGGCAGUCCAUCGGGAUGGCAAACAUUUGGCCUAUGCCAUUAAUGUCAACAAUAAAGCAACUGGCAUGGAGGGCAUGGUCCGUGUAUGCAAUAUUAGCUCCACAUUGCGCGCCCUUAUCAAGGGCAUGAGCGGUGAAGUUCUGGAUCUUCAGUUCUCUUAUACCGAACGAGAUCGCAUUCUCGCUGUCAUCGAUAUGAGUUCAUUGUUUGUCUAUAAAAUCGAUCAAAUCGAUGGCAAUCUAUUGUGCAAUCUUGUGCUUAAAGUUGACGAUCCCAUUGAUAGUUAUGUGCCUGAAUUUGACAUGGUCUCCUGGUGUCCCUAUGUUAGCAGCACCACCUCCUCCAGCAAUAACAACAAUUCAACAUCAGCUGCACCAGCAGGUGCUCCGGUAAACGAGGAAGAUGAUGAGAACCAACUUUUGAUAUGGUCACGCAGUUCACAGUUCCAGUGCUUAAAUGUCAAAAUGAUCUACAAUGAGCAUGGGCGUGGCAAAAUCCAGGUUGGUGCCUUGGAUACUGGAUAUCUCAAGAUCAGGGAGGAUUCAUUGAUUACUUGCGUCGCUUUGUCACCGGAUGGUACUACUGUGGCUGCUGCCUGCGCUGAUGGUCUAGUCCGUUUCUAUCAAAUUUAUUUGUUUGAUGUGCGAAAUCAUCGUUGUCUGCACGAAUGGAAGCCACAUGAUGGCAAAAAAGUUGAUUCGUUAUUCUUCCUGGACAACAUCAAUAAACCAGUGGAAGAAUCUUAUUGGCAGAAUGUGAUUACCACCAGCGACUUUAAUACAGAGAUUAAACUGUGGAAUUGCACUUUAUGGGAGUGCCUGCAAACAAUUAAUGUAGUGGCAUCUCCUGCUGUCCCACAACCCAUACAAUCGGGCAAGUUUAUAGCUGGCAUCGAUCGCAGCGCCAAUUAUUUGGUACUCUCCAGUCUUGAUAGUUUGGCUGUCUAUGUGAUGGAGAUAAGCAAUGGUAUCGACGAUCACACUAUCGGCGGUGGUAGUGAGAGUGAUGCAGAAAACGAUGAUCCCAACGAGACCAAUAAUGGAGCUGUGGAUGGCACCAAACGCAUUCAAAGUAUAGCCGAAUUUAAAUUGAGUUCGGGCAUUCUUUCGUUUUCCAUUGUAAAUGCCAGCAUGAGGAGAAUGAAGAGCACCACGGACACCAGUUAUUAUCCCUUUGAGGAGCCCGAUGAUUAUGAUGAUGAGAGCACAGUGCAAAAUGCUUUGGUGCUCCAUAUGUUUGUCGUUCAGGCCAAAAGUUUGCAAGAAUGCCAGAUUAUCUAUCAACCAUUGCGCGAAGAGAAGACAAAGCCGGGGGAACGGGAUAGAAGAAGCCUUACCGGCAGUAGUACAGCCAAAUCCUCAGCUUCGCCAGAUGAAUUGGGCGACAUAAAACAGUUGGAGGCACUCGAUGCAUUGUUUGGCAAGUCGGCAAAACGUGCCUCAGCUGGCAGCUCAUCCGCUGUGGUAGCUGUGGCCGUGGCAACUGCAACUGCCGCCCCCUCAAAUGAAACAACAGAAGUAAAAUCGAGAUCCGCUUCCCCUCAAUAUACGAGCAAUGUGUAUCCGCAGCAUCUCAAUCUAAUGACGCCAGAUGCAUUCAGUGCAACUGGCACUAGUGGUUCGUCGACAACUACAUCUGCAGCUGCUGUGGUGGUGGCAACCACUACCAGCAACUCACAGGCAUCGGCCAAUACAGUGGGAACUGGUGAUAGCAAUUCGGUUACCUCAGGAGCUGAUGCGAUUAAUUCCCAAGUGUUGAACACGUUACGCAUGUUGGCCACUGUGGCGGGAGCUGGCAGCGGGGGGGAUGCCAACUCGAAUGCCAAUUUACUCAAUUUGAUGAAUAAUACGCUAAUAGAGGAUCGAGAACAACAGAAGUUGAAGGAGAAGAUCGAUUCACGAAAGAAAUUCAUAUCGAUCGAUAGAAAUCCCGAAAUUUUGGCCAGUGGCGGAUCAAGUCCAAGUCGUGAGGUUCAGGAAAUAAUGGCCACACAAGGCGAUGUCGAUACCUACGAGGCUGAACUCGAAAACCUCGAUGACGAUGACGACGAAGAUGAAGAGGACGAGGAGGAGGAAGUAGAGCUAGAGCCAGUCGAUUGGAUGCCCAAAAAAUCAGCUGAAUUGCAAAAUGCAGCACAAAUAAUGUCACAGGCUGUGCAACAUAAGAACAAUGGCAAUGUGCCGCCAACAUUGGGUGGCAACACAAGUAGCAGCAGCAGCAACAACAACACCAACACAAGUGUCAGCAGCAAUAGCAACAACAACACAGUAACCACCUUAAACUCCAGCAAUGCCAGCAAUAGCAGCCAUAAUGCCACAGCGAUUGUGAGUGGUGCUAAAGUCGAUCAGCAUUCAAGUGGAAGUUCUGAAACGAAUGCCAAAUUGGAUCAAUUGUUGGAAUUGGUAAAAGCUCAAUCCCAGCAAUUGAACAAACUAGAGAACGAAGUGGCCACUCUGCAGCUGCAGCAACAACAAAUGGCCGCCAAGACCGAUCCCAACUCAAGCGUUGCGUCUUCGGAACCGAAGACUGUUAAUCAAUUAGCCUAUAAAAUCGAAAUGCAGCUAUCAAAGCUAAUGGAACAAUAUCUAAAACGUUACGAGAACGAGCACAAAAAAAAAUUGGCAGAAUUUCUUCAAGCGCGUGAUAGCCAAAAUCGUGAACUACGCGAAUCUGUGCUGCAAGUUCUCAAUCAAUACGUGAUGAAUCAUUUCACCGAUAUAGUUGGCAACUUUUUGAACUUGGAAUUGCAGCGACAAAUUGUGCCCCGUGUCAAUGCCAAAAUGGAUCAAUUACAGAAUCAAAUGCAGGUGGAAAUUGUUCAGAAAUUAAAUGUUUUUGAUAAGACCGUCAAAGAGAAUAUAGCCCAAGUGUGCAAGAGCAAGCAAUUUUUGGACUCAUUUGGAAAAUCCGUAUUGCUUGGCGUCCAAGCCAGCCUGCAAAUUGCAUUUGUUGAUUCAAUGAGCAGCACUUUAAUACCGGCCUAUGAGAAAUCCUCUCAGAACAUGUUUAAACAACUCCACGAUACAUUUAGUGUGGGCAUUAAAGAUUUUAUGGUCCAAUUUAAUACAUACCUGCAGCAUAUGCCCCAGCCGCAUGUUCAUUCCGAGGAGCUUAACAAUAAAUUGGGAUCACUUAAACAAUUGGUAGAAACGAAUCUGCUUAAACAUCGCACCGAAUUAACCGAUGCCAUGCUGGAGACGCAGCGUGAAGUGAAGAGUCUUGAGAUAUUGUUGGCCCGUCAGGUGCAGGAAACAAUUCGUGUGGAGUUACGCAAGCAUUUGGAACAACAGAACAUGGCCAUGCGCUCACAGGCGGCCACACCAGCACCCACCUAUGACUUAAGGGACACGAUUAAACAAUUGCUAUUGGCCGGACAGAUAAAUAAGGCUUUCCAUCAGGCAUUGCUGGCAAAUGAUUUGAAUUUGGUGGAAUUCACGCUAAGACAUACGGAUCAUUCGCAAGCGUUUGCCCCCGAGGGUUGUAGGCUGGAGCAGAAGGUUCUCUUGUCGCUCAUACAACAAAUUUCGGCUGAUAUGAGCAAUCACAAUGAGCUUAAACAAAGCUACCUCAAUGAGGCAAUAUUGGCCAUUAAUAUGUCGGAUCCCAUAACCAGGGAGCAUGCGCCAAAGGUUCUAUCAGAACUCUAUCGCAGUUGCCAGCAUUUCAUUAAAAAUUCACCCAAGAACACGCAAUGCAGCAAUGUCCGCUUACUGAUGAAGGCUAUAACGACGUAUCGCGAUCAAUUCAAAUGAUAUCAGGAAACAUGUGUUUUGGCCACUAGUGGCUGGCAUUGAUCCCUGAACCCCUUCACCCUCAUCUUUCCUUUCUUCCUUCUUCUCACCCCAGCCAUCUAAGAUGUUAGUUAAAACACUCACACACACACACACACACACACACACACACACAAACUUUUGUAGUUAAGUCCAAAACGUAAAUGAACAUUAGCUUAAAAACUUUUUUUUCCCGAAAUUGAUCGAUUGUAAUUUUUUAGUUAAAAUUUUUGUAUUU